AUGGCUGAAGACCAGGAGAGAGGAUCUGAUGGAGCAAAGGCUGUGGAGGUGUAUCCCAGGAAAAUACUGCAGUACAUAGAAGGAUUCCUCAUUUCUAAGACAGUGUUCACGGCCUGUGAGUUGGGAGUGUUUGACAUGUUACAUGAGGCACAGCGCCCCUUGUCGGCGGAGGAGCUCUCUGCAGCACUCGGAGCCAGUGUGGACGGGAUGGAGAGACUGUUGGCUGCGUGCACAGGGCUCGAGCUACUCACAACACACCAGGAAAAUGAACGGGCACUGUACAGUAACACAGAGGAGGCCAGAGUGUACCUGACGCGCUCCAGCCCAGUGUCCUUGUAUCACUCCAUUCAGUACAGCUCCAAAACCAUCUACCUUUGCUGGCACUACCUCACUGACGCCAUCAGGGAGGGAACAAACCAGUAUGAAAAGGCUUUUGGUGUCAACUCCAAAGAUCUGUUUCAGGCUCUGUACAGGUCCGAUGAAGAGAUGGUCAAGUUCAUGCAGUUAAUGAACUCCAUUUGGAACAUCUGCGGCAAAGAUGUCGUCAUGGCCUUUGACCUCUCACCUUUUAAGGUCAUCUGCGACCUCGGAGGCUGCAGCGGCGCAUUAGCCAAGCACUGCACGUCUGCCUACCCACAAUGCACUGUGACGAUCUUUGACCUCCCCAAGGUGGUACACACGUCAAGGGAACACUUUGUCACCGGUGCCCACAGCAGGAUAGGGUUUCAUGAAGGUGAUUUUUUCAAAGACCCCAUCCCCAAAGCAGACCUCUACAUCUUAGCCCGAAUCCUCCAUGACUGGACUGACCAGUGCUGCGUGGAGCUUCUCUCUCGAGUGUACAAGGCCUGCAAUCCAGGUGGCGCAGUGUUGCUGGUGGAGGCCCUGCUCUUUGAAGACGGUUCAGGCCCCCUUACUGCUCAGCUCUACUCUCUGAACAUGCUGGUGCAGACUGAGGGGAGGGAGAGGACAGCUGCCCAGUACUCUGCCCUCCUCACAGCCGCUGGAUUCACUUCUGUGCAGCAUCGCUUCACCGGAAAGACCUACGACUCUGUCCUGGGACGCAAACAGACAAGAGACUGA